UCCAUGCAUGGGUCAGUGGGUGGGUGGUUGGUGUGAAUCAGGGGCGGCGUUAGGCCCGGCUACUUGGGCUGAAGCCCCGGAUGUUUUAUGAAAAGCCCCGGAUCUAAAACAUGGAAGUAACAUGCAGUACCAAAGUCCAACAGAGAGGGAGCAGCUGGCAGUAGUUUGUAUACAGCCUGCCUGAGCCUCCACCACUGAAGAAGAAGCCCUUCAGCAGCCGGCUUCUUCUACACUCUCUGCCUGAAACGCAUGAGUGAAGAUGGACAUAAGGACGUUUUUUAGACCAAAAGUACGGCGACAGAACCCCAGCUUUGAUGAGACUGGUGCUGACUCAGGUUUGUGAGUCUUAUUAGAAAAUAUUUGUUGAGCUGCUGGUUUGCCUAAAGUUAGCUUACUAUCAGGUAAAGUUGUUGGAGAAAGAAAGGGAAUAUUUACUAUCAUCUCACACUAAACACUAACAGGAACAAUACUCUGCCCUGAAUAUGCUUCAUAUGUAGCUUCAGAUUAAAAUCUAUGUGGUACAAGACACAUAUAUAUGAUGUUGACUAGUGCGUGUCACGUGUGUGUGCGCGUGUGUGUGUGUGUGUGUGUGUGUUAAGCCCCGGGUCUUCUUCAGUCCUAAAUCUGCCCCUGGUGUGAAUCCUGACUAGAUUCAUUAAAUCAGACCUUUGCUGAUCUUAAAUGUUUACCUGCAUAGAGGUGGGCUGGAGGGUGGAGGUGAGUCCAAAGACCCAUCCCGUCAGUCAGCUGGAGUUUGAUGUGAUCAUCGGAGCAGAUGGGCGUAGGAACACACUGCCAGGUUUUAGGCGUAAGGAGUUCAGAGGGAAGCUGGCCAUCGCAAUCACGGCCAACUUUAAGAACAGAAACACCUCAGCUGAGGCCAAAGUAGAGGAGAUCAGUGGAGUUGCUUUCAUCUUCAACCAGGCCUUCUUCCGGGAACUGCGACAAGAAACAGGUAUUGACCUGGAGAACAUCGUCUACUAUAAGGAUGACACACACUACUUUGUUAUGACAGUGAAGAAACGGAGCCUGUUGGACAAAGGAGUCAUUCUACAGGACUUUAUGGACACGGAGCUGCUUCUCUCUCGGGACAACGUUGACCAGAAUGCCUUAGAGGCGUAUGCCCGUGAGGCGGCGGACUUUUCCACCCACCACCAACUGCCAUCUCUGGACUUUGCCAUCAACCACUACGGCCAGCCAGACGUCGCCAUGUUUGACUUUACAUCCAUGUAUGCAUCGGAGAAUGCCGCCAUGGUCCUACAACGCCGUGAACACCAGCUUCUGGUCUCACUAGUGGGAGACAGCCUGUUGGAGCCAUUUUGGCCGAUGGGGACAGGUAUAGCUCGGGGAUUUCUGGCUGCUUUGGACUCAGCCUGGAUGGUAAGACGUUGGGCUCAGGGUGCAGCUCUGUUGGAGAUCCUUGCUGAGAGGGAAAGUUUAUACCGUCUCCUCCCUCAGACGACUCCAGAGAACAUGCAGAAGAACAUCAGUCAGUUCUCAGUAGAUCCAUCAACCAGAUAUGUGAACAUCAGCCCUCUGACCAUCACACCUGUCCAGGUGAGACAUCUGGUAGACACUGGUGAUGAGGCGGGGCCUAACACAGGAGGAGGCAGUAUUAUGCAGCUACCCUCCCCAAGGGGAUCAAAACCAGAACCCUUCUCUCAAUCCAAUCAUCUUUUGGCUUGGUGCCAGGAACAGACCUGUGGUUAUAAAGGCGUCAUUGUUAGGGACCUGACUAACUCCUGGAAGAGUGGACUUGCUCUGUGUGCCCUUAUUCAUCGACAUCGACCUGAUCUGAUGAACUAUGAAUCUCUGGAUGAGUCAUUAGUUGAAGAAAACAUCCGACUUGCCUUCAGUGUGGCAGAGCAAGAGUUUGGGAUUCCUCCUCUGAUGACGGUGGAAGAAAUGUUGUCUGAGGGAGAGCCAGACUGUCUGUCGAUGGUGAUGUACCUGAGUCAGUUCUACCAGCUGCUGAAGGAUCCGCCACCCCCUGCUGGAUGCCUGAGUCAAACCGCUGACCUGAGAGCAGCUCUCAUCACUCCAGCCUCUCUACUCAGCAGACUGGGCUCCAGUCCAUCCAGGAAGAGGAACCCAAAGGAACACAGUGAUGCUCUUAGCAAAAGGAGAAGGAAGAGUCAGCCUCGUGGAGAUCUUCUGGAGUCAUGUGAUGGUGAUGCUGAGAAGGUGCUUGUGGGUGGGGCUAGCCAGUCCAGAGUUCGCCUGAUGGCCAGUCAGCUGCAGGCAAAGCUGGAGACACACUCAGUGGCUUCUACCUCUUCAGUUUCCGAGCUACGCCAACAGCAGGGAGAGCUGCCAUCCAACCUUCCUCCCAGUCGGGAAGCUACACCUUCUGUUCAGGCAUCAUCAUGGAGACCGAACAAACGGACUCUUCAGCAGGAACAGAUGAGCUUUCGCUUUAAAGAGAGGAUCAAGUCUCAAGGCGUCUGUAGCAGAGACGAGCAGGUUGCUGUUGGCAGUGACGUUUGUUUCAUCUGUGAGCAGAAGGUCUACGUGAUGGAGCGCCUGAGUGCUGAAGGCCUGUUCUUCCAUCGCAGCUGUUUCCAUUGUGAUGACUGCAGCGCCCCCCUCAGGCUACUUUCAUACAACUUCCACCCAGGCACCAGGAGGUUUUACUGUCUUCAGCAUCCUGAGUGUCAGCGGGGUUCUGCGAGGAAGAGGCCUGCGUCACACCGAUCUUCAUCAGCGUCGCUGACAUCACUUCCGCCUCUCUCUGACUGUCAGACAACUAGUGAGCAUCGUCGCUCCUCAGCUGUGUCUGUGAUAACUCCGGAGAGGAUCGAGUUGGAAAACCGCAGACGCAGUUUCAACGAGGACCUGCAUGAGGGGGUAGAGGAGGUUUCUGAGGAGACCCUGAACCAUUUCAACCACAGCCCGGAGGAUCCGUUCAGGUGCAGGUCUCGGCUUCACCAGAAGCUCUCUGAAGCAGCAACCCAUGGAGCUUCCAGGUCCUUUUGUUCAGAGGAGGACCAGACAGGCCAGUGUGCAGCUGGAGUCCUCCUGGCCUGUCCAGCAGGUUUAUGGAUGUGUUGAAACCUUUACCAGGAGCUGCUUGUGAGAGGCUUUCAGCGCUGCAGCACUCGUUGUCAGACCCAAAAGUUUGUGUUGAUGCAAAGAACUCUGAGAAGCAGCUUCUGAUGAAGCUCGAUGAAAAGUUUAUUUAGACUCAAAAGGUCAGCUCCUCUCAAAAGGAAAGACUGUUGAAGUGACUUUGAUUCCAUGAAUACAAUGUUUUACGUCAAGGUGGCAAAAUGGAAACUGCUGUAUAGUUAGUGCCCCACGAUGACAUUAAUGGCGUCUGAUCGCCUUCUCUCUGUAACUGAAUUAUGUUUAAUAACUAAAACUAUGAAAUAUAUUUUUCACAACACACAACUG